ACAACUAUCGGCAAUGCGACAACGAUCUUUGGUGCCACAACAACCAGAGGAGUGUCAGCAACCAAUCGCACGACAACAGCUGGAAACAUGACAACACUGACAACCAGAGAUGCAGCAACGAUGGGGAAUGUGACGACGACUGGAGGUGUGACAACGACCGGACGUUCAACAACGACCACAAAUGCAACAGCCACUGGAUUUGCCACAACCAUCGGAUUAGCAGCAACAACCAGUGCAGACACAACAACUGUGGGUCUGACAACAGUCAAAGUUACGACAACAACCAGCAAUGGGACAACAAUCUUUGGUGCCACAACAACCAGAGGAGUGUCAGCAACCAGUGGCACGACAACACCGACAACCAGAGAUGCAGCAACGACUCGGGCUUUGACAACCACCGGCGGUGCGACAGUGACCACAACUACACCAGCCUCAGCAACAACGAAACAACGAAAUGCAUCAUCAACCACAGUAGUCGUAACAAGUCCAAAGACAACAGUCGUAGUAGCAACCAGUAGCUCCACCACUCCAGCUACGACAACCACGGCAACAACGACCACCACAAGCCGUUCACCACGCCCUGUGGUUGCGGUUGUCGUUGUUGUUGUUGCGAUCGUGUUUGAACCAUUUGUACCAGAACUGGCUGACCCCAACAGUCCACAAUUUAGUCUUCUCGCUCAAAGAAUCUUAUUAGUGUAUGACUUCAUUUACAGAAGGACGUACACAACCUAUAGACGCUGCGUCGUUCGAGGUUUCAGGCGCGCUGUGGGCCGGCUCCGAGUGGACAACACCGAGGCGGAAGUGGACAUCGAGUUCAACGACAACACCACAACAGGCGAAUCAAUUCCCAGCGCAGCCAACGUGGCCGAAACGUUAAGGGAGGCCGUGUCCGACCCCAACUACAACUUCACUCUCAUCUUUGACGAGGAGUCGAUACAAGCUGCUGUGAGAGUCACGACAACCGUUGCGCCGGUGACGAGGGUAACCCCUGCCGAGGCGCUCACAUUGCGACGAGUGAUGUUCCGAUCGGUAGGAGAGCAGUUCACCAACGACUUGCUGGAUUCAUCUUCCGCAGCAUUUAUCAGGCGGGCUUCCACGGUCGAGACAACGCUCGACCCUUUCUACCGAAGAGAAUUCACUUCAUUUCGAACACUGGAAGUGAUUUCAUUCAGGAACGGCUCCAUCAUCACCAACAUGGAUUUGAGUUUUGUGUUCGGCUCGGUGCCCAACAACAGCGCCAUCGCUCGUGUUUUGGUGGACGCCGCGGCCAUCAUCACAGCCUUUGACGUGGACACAUCAUUCAUAUUUGUGAAUGGCGAGCAGGUUUCAAGUGGAACAAUGCACAAAACAACCAUGUUCAGUGCGUGCUGCCUCGUGCUGUUGUCAUGGUUAUUGGCAAAACAGCAAUGAUGAAUCAUUAAUUAUUGUCAACCUUUUUUUUUUUUCAUGUCCGAGGGAAGAUAUGCCUAUAUGACAUGUACUGCUUUGUUUAUAUCACGAGGAACAAAAUCAUGAGUGGCCACACUACAAGUUUAAAUAUGCCAAAUUAUCAAAUUGUUCUUGAAAAAUGCCAAUAAUUUGUCUUUUAAGUAUUUCACAUGGGUAACUACAAUUGUGCUACUCAACUAUAACUUAGCAAAAUUAAGAUUUUCUUUUCUAAAAAUAAAAUACAACAACAAUAAUAAUAAUAAUGUUUUUGCCAACACCUGUCUCGAAGGACACCAGUUAUAUGACUUUUACAGGUCAACUGUGAAGUAACUUUCGAAAAUGCCAAAGGAAAUAUUUUUACGUCACAAGUAAU